UGAUGGACGAGCGAUCUCCUUCUUAUGCAGCGCUCCCGCCGCCUGCGUGUCUGCGAACAGUACCUCCCUUCGUACCUCCAUAGCAGCCCUCAGCCUUCACAGUUCAACAAUUUUAUGAGCAUAACCGCACUCCGCUUCCAGGCGCAUUGAAUGGCGCAUGAGCAUUUUCGUUUGCAGUAGCAAAGUAAAGUCGGUCGGCAGUCCCUGAACGUCAACAGCAUCGCACUUGAACAAUUCGCCCGAGUCACCGAUCACUACCUCAGACCAGCGUCUCCAACCAGGACAACCAGAUUGUGGGAUCGAAAAUUGGCUCCAGCAAGCAAAUGCCAGGCGCAAUGGCGUUGGGUAACGGCAGCGCCAAGGACAAGGACAUGGACGAAAGUCAAAGCUUGACAUCUUCACCCAUCUUACCCGUCUACUACCGAGACUUCGAUGAUGAUGAUGAGGCGUCGUCAGAACACUACUUCCCGGAGCGCUCGCAACGGCGAUCCACUGUCGGCCAUGUUCUUUCUUUCUUGGGCAUGACUUCGCGUCAACGACGACGAAGCAGAGACCACGACCAGGAUCAUCUUGGCCCGCGAAAUGAUGCCUUGGAUGAGGGAAAGCUCAAGUCGAGCCCAGUGAGGGAAGGACGCAGACGUCGUCGCUCGCUGGCAGGCUCGAUCAGAAGGACUUGUGUUAUGGUCUCGGUCGCAGUAUUGAUGUUCUUUGGCGUUCUUCACAUACUACAAGCUAUUGUAGGCCGCGCGCGCCUUUUCUGGAAUCUCGAAACCGACGAGAUCUUUCUUCCCGAAUGGGGUCUUGCUGGAAAACCUGGCGAUGGCCUUGCCAACUACCCUACGGACGCGACAAGAGACGUGCUUCCCAUCCGAUGUCACUCACACAAUGACUAUUGGCGAAAAAUCCCACUCUACGAUGCACUACAUUGGGGUUGCACUGGCGUCGAAGCUGAUGUCUGGCAUUUCGACGAAGAGUUAUAUGUUGGUCAUAAUACUGCCGCUCUGACCAAGAAUCGAACAUUUCGAAACUUAUACAUCAACCCGAUCGUUGAGAUGCUCGACACGAUGAAUCCGCACAACGCUUUCGGCAAUACUACCGGACAUGGAGUAUUCGAUGCCGAUCCUGAUCAGAGUCUCACUCUGCUCGUCGACUUCAAAACCGAAGGGCGUGAGACAUAUCCCCACGUACAAAGGCAGUUGUCCGCGCUGCGUGAGAAGGACUAUCUCUCGUACCACGAUGGAAAGCAAUUUCACAAACGCGCUGUAACAGUGGUCGGAACUGGAAAUACUCCCUUCGACAUGGUCGUUGGCGACACCGAACGCCGCGAAAUCUUCUUCGAUGCCCCUCUCGAUCGAAUGUGGGAGCCUGAGCGAGAGCGUGAUACCGACAGCUUAGAAAUUGAUGAAAGCAAGACAGGCUUUGUUGAAGGUGGCCAAGGAAAUGUUGGAACUGGCAUUGUGACUUCUGCGGACGACUUCAAUUCUACCAACUCCUGGUACGCAAGUGUUUCGUUCGCGAGAUCUAUAGGCUUUGUUUGGGGAGGUCAAUUGUCCGCGUCCCAGCUCAACAAGAUUCGAGGACAGAUCAGAGGAGCAAAGCGAAGAGGACUAUAUGUCCGUUACUGGGACACGCCGAACUGGCCUGUAAGCCUGCGCAACUCGGUCUGGGAGACGCUGAUGCGCGAGGGCGUUGAUAUGUUGAAUGGCGAUGAUUUGAAGGGGAUGGCAGUGGAGAAUUGGAAAGCGCGUGUACAUGGGUUCUGGUAGAAAUGUGGGACGGACAUUGACGUGUCAGGAAUCAGCGGAGAUACCCCUUUUAGCAUUACUACGCAGCUUGCGGCUUACAAGCAUUGAAUUGAAAACAAUCAUCAAUUGAUAAGAGUAAUAUCGCCUGGGCGAGUGCCUCGCGCCGUCUUCCCUGCGGCGUUCUGUACAAAGCCUUCGCUACCUCGCAGCCUGCAGUGCGCACAUGACGGGCCAUGAUGUGAUCGGCCUCCACGCCGCGCACUUGUGCAACGUGAGC